AUGCCCGGCUCCGUCGACCCAAAGACCCCCACCGAGCACUCGCCGAGGCAGUCUCCGCGCAUCGAACUCCCUGAAGAAGACGAAGCCCACGAUGGCCAGACCAGCCCCGGCAUGAGGAACAGCAAAGGGUGGGACGGCAAACUCAGGGUCCAGCGCACCGCCGUCCUCGCCAACCCGGAGGUCCUCUCGGAUCCCGAGUCCGACGACGAGAACGUCAUCCCGGGCGAGGAACUGCCGGCCGAUGAAGACCUCCUCGACGGCGAGGACCUAGAAACGGACGAACUCAUCGUCUCCCACGCCCGCGUCUCCUCCAUCCCCGCCCUCCGUCUCGAGCGCUUCACGAAAGUCGUCCGCCUCUGCCUGCGCCAGAACAGCAUCCAACAGAUCGACGGCCUCUCCCCGCUCGCCCCGACCCUCGAGGACCUCGACUUCUACGACAACCUCAUCUCCCACAUCCGCGGCCUCGAGGACCUGACGAACCUCACCAGCCUCGACCUCAGCUUCAACAAGAUCAAGCACAUCAAGCGCGUCGACCACCUCGUCAAGCUGAAAGAGCUCUUCCUCGUCGCCAACAAGAUCGCCACCAUCGAGAACCUCGACGGCCUCGCCAACCUCACCAGCCUCGAGCUCGGCUCCAACCGCAUCCGCGUCCUCCAGAACCUCGACCCCCUCAAGAAGCUCGAGGAGCUCUGGGUCGCCAAGAACAAGAUCACCGAGCUGUCCGGCCUCGGCGGCCUGCCGGCCCUCAAGAUCCUCAGCAUCCAGUCCAACCGCGUCCGCGACCUGUCCCCGCUCAAGGACGUCCCCAGUCUCGAGGAGCUCUACAUCUCCCACAACGCCCUCACCUCGCUCGAGGGCCUCGAGCAGAACGAGAAGCUGCGCGUGCUCGACAUCUCCAACAACGCCGUCGCCAGCGUCAAGGGCCUCAAGCCCCUGAAGAACCUCGAGGAGCUCUGGGCCAGCUACAACCAGAUCGCCGACUUUAACGAGGUCGAGAAGGAGCUGAGGGACAAGGAGCAACUGACGACGGUCUACUUCGAGGGGAACCCGUUGCAGCUGAGGGGGCCGGCCGUGUAUCGGAACAAAGUCCGUCUGGCGCUGCCUCAACUAUCACAGAUCGACGCGAGUAACUUUCGUCAAAACAUAGUUGCUUGGUCUGUUCUGGAGCAUGAACUAACGAGGCCGGCGUGGCGUUACAAUGGCGUUUGA